GCCCUACUCUGCGUACGCGAGCCAGAGCCUCUCGUCUGACACGCACUGAAAUUUGGGACAACAGAAAGGAGUCGCUGUGGCGACACGACUGAGCGAGGCGGAGCAGGCACAGCACGGACACCCUGAGCCGACGCGAUGAAGAAGGCCCGGCGCGACCGCACGAAGAAGGUCCCUCCCCCGCUUGGCCAGGGUCCCCGCCGGCCACCGAGGCUCCGAGCGCGCUCCUUGGGGCUGCUUUUCAUUUAGUCUCGAAACCGCCCUCAUGGCCGAGGUGAAGGUGAAGGUGCAGCCGCCGGACGCGGAUCCGGUGGAAAUAGAAAACAGAAUUAUAGAGUUAUGCCACCAGUUCCCUCAUGGAAUCACAGAUCAAGUAAUUCAAAAUGAAAUGCCUCACAUAGAAGCCCAACAGCGGGCAGUGGCCAUCAACAGACUGUUGUCCAUGGGUCAGUUGGAUCUUUUAAGGAGUAAUACAGGCCUUUUAUAUAGAAUAAAGGAUUCUCAAAAUGCUGGCUCUGUCUCAUUCUUUUUAAGUAAAAUGAAGGGGUCCGAUAAUCAGGAAAAACUAGUCUACCAAAUCAUAGAGGAUGCAGGGAAUAAAGGAAUAUGGAGCAGAGAUAUUCGCUACAAAAGUAACUUGCCCUUAACAGAAAUCAACAAAAUCCUCAAGAAUUUGGAGAGUAAGAAGCUUAUCAAAGCUGUGAAGUCUGUGGCAGCCUCCAAAAAGAAGGUUUAUAUGCUCUAUAACCUGCAGCCAGACCGCUCUGUGACUGGUGGAGCCUGGUACAGUGACCAGGAUUUUGAAUCUGAAUUUGUUGAGGUGCUUAACCAGCAGUGUUUCAAAUUCCUGCAAACCAAGGCAGAAACAGCAAGAGAAAGUAAACAGAAUCCCAUGAUACAAAGAAACAGCUCAUUUGCAUCAUCACAUGAAGUGUGGAAGUACAUCUGUGAGCUGGGCAUCAGUAAGGUAGAGCUGUCCAUGGAGGACAUUGAAACCAUCUUGAACACACUCAUCUAUGACGGGAAAGUUGAGAUGACGAUCAUUGCUGCGAAGGAAGGCACUGUUGGCAGUGUAGAUGGACACAUGAAACUGUACAGGGCGGUCAACCCAAUCCUUCCUCCUACAGGCUUGGUCCGGGCACCCUGCGGCCUCUGCCCCGUUUUUGAUGACUGCCAUGAAGGGGGUGAGAUUUCACCAUCUAAUUGUAUUUAUAUGACAGAGUGGCUCGAAUUUUAAUAGAGAGCUGUGAACUUUACUUAUUGUUGGCAAAAUGAAUUACUUGGAAAGCAAAUAAUUCAUGAUGGAGUGUCCAAUUUCUUUGAAAGCGUACUUCACAAUGACGGAUAUUGACUUGCUGCUAUGAAAAUGUAUUUAUUUAUGAAGACAGAACACAAACAGAUUAAGUUUAAUAAAGUUUAAUAAGGAAGUCUCUUCUUCAGUAAGUAAAUGCCUUGAAGUUCUGAAGGACCAAGCAAAAAGAAGCAAACCUACAUUGACCAAGUACUGUGAUAACAGCUCAAGUGAGGUGUUCACUUCAAGUUACUUAUUAAGAUCUUCACUGAAGCUUAUCAGAUUUAUUACCGCCAUUUCUCUUUGUUGUUGUUUUUCCUUGGGUUUCAUUGAGAAGAAAUGUCAAGUGGUACAAGCAGGAACAGCUGAUGUUGGGAAUGUGUGCCAACUUGGGGCCUGAGUGGUAAAAUGGGUUUUCCCUUUCCACACUGCCCGUUCCCCUUCACCCUGGUAGUACUCUUUGAGAGCAGUGUGUUGCCAUACUGACCUCCCUCCCAAAUGCUGUUAUCCAGGACAUGUUUCACAUCACUGAUACUCUGUACUAAAGGGAUGAUCUCACUGCGCCUUCAUUGCUAAGGCUGAAACUUAUUUGUAUAGCUUAAUUGUAUUCAGAUUCUUACUCCAUGCAUAUAGUGUGACUCUCCACCACCAGCACCAAGUUCAAAUUUUGUAGUCCAAUGCCCAAUAGAUAGGUGAUACUGUCUAGAAGGACUAGUUAUAACAUCUAAUCUUUUAGCUAAAACUGAUAUUGGCUGGGUGUGGUGAUGUACUCCUUCAAUCCCACACUUGGGAGGCAGAGGCAAGCAGGUCUCAGUGAGUUCAAGGCCAGCCUGAUCUACAAAGUGAACUCUAGGACAGCCAGAACUACAGAGGGAGAGACCCUGUCUCAAAAAAUAAAAAUAGAUCAUUGCCCUUCAUUCAUUCUCUGAGGGGUGGGAGCCAGUCUUCUCUAACUGUGUUCUAGACUGGUCCUCGUUUUUCCUAUUCUUUUUUCCUUGGGUUUCAUUGAGAAGAAAUUUCAAGUGGUACAAGCAGGAACAGCUGAUGAUGGGAAUGUGUGCCAACUUGGGGCCUGAGUGGUAAAGUAGGUUAGACCUGUAACACCAGUGUAAACAACUGGUGUUACAGGUCUAAGUAGAGUCCCAGCUGUCAGAUACUGGAAAACAUUAAGUGAAUUGAUAUGCUAUGGCACAGAAGAAAACUGUCUUGCCUUUUGAGGUUUUUUUUUUUUUUUUUUUUUUUUUGUUUUGUUGUUUUUUUUUUUUUUUUUUUAAACAGGGGUUUUCUGUGUAGCUCUGGCUUACCUAGAAUUCACUCUGUUGACCAGGCUGGCCUCGAACUCAGACCUAUCUGCAUCUGUCUCCCAGGUGCUAGGAUUUAAAGGCCUCCUUCACUAUGUCCAGCUUGCUUUGUGCCUUUUAAAAAAUAUAAACCAAAAGACCAACUGAAAGGGUUCUCACUGCACUCCUCUUUGGAGCUGAAUUCUCCACCAUUUUGCAGUGCUCUGAGUGAAUAAGCAUCAUUAGACUUCUCUUGAGAGAUACAGGACUAAUAAAAUCAUACCAACUCAUUUUUAUCAGAUGAAUUCUAUGGCCAGCUCUAUAGAAUAAACAUUUAAUGGUACCAGCUCUUUUUAGGUGUUAGAUUAAACAUAAAAUACAGGAUUUCCUUCUACCUCUAGUAAGGUAGGACCACUGUCUCCUCUACCUGGAUCUGCCUAAUCUAUUGGAUAAGCACUAGACUUAUUUUACUAGAAAGCCAUAUGCAGGAGAGUUACAAAAGGGGAAAAGAACUAGGCAGUGGUGGCUUGUGCCUUUAAUCCCAACACUUGGGAUGAAGAAGGGGGUGGAUCUUGAGUUUGAGGCCAGUGUGGUCUCCAAAGCUAGUUCCAGGAUAGCCAGGGCUAUACAAAGAAACCCUGUCUUGAAAAAUCAAAUAAAAGGGAGAAAGAAUCAAAUUGCUUUCUAAAUAUGCUGUGCAUUAUUAUUAUUAUUAUUAUUAUUUUUUUUUUUUUUGAGAUAACCUGGAAUUUAUGGCCUAGGUUGGUGUUGAACUCAUGGUAAUCCUGCUUUAGCUUUAGCUUUCCAAGUGCUAGGAUUACAGGCAGGGAUUUAGCAGCCAUGCCUGGCUUUGUAUUGUUUUGAUCAUUAGUUUUUACAUUUGCAGCCAGUGGCUAGAAGUGUUCCUUGGCUCACCAGAAUAGAUACUUAAAACUUUUUCCUCAGAGCAUAUUUUUUACUCUGAAUAUUUUUUACUUAUAAAGUAUUGUAAAGUAUUUUUUCCUCUGAGUAUUAACUGAGAGGGAUAGAUAAGUUUAAAAAUGUAGCAACUGUUCUGUAAGUAAAAUAUACAGAAGUUAUCAUCAAAAGAAAAUAUGGACCUCUAAAACCAUGUCACAAAAUCAACCUGCGGAUGAAGCCCAGAUUCUUCAUUCUUUCCCACUUAGUAUUCAUUAGGUAUUUUGCACACCUGAAAGCACAUACCCCAGUCUGUUAGGGGCCCUGUUUAAAAGAUCCAUACAAAAUCAGACACCAAGAGUCUGAUUUAAUGGCUUUUAAUGAAUAGUUAUAUGGAUUCUCACAUGAAACUCAAUUUGGCAAUAACGUUUUAAAUAAGGGUUUUGAUGGUGAUGAAUUAAGCAAAGUAGUCAUACAAUUCAAUUCUCUGAUGGGCACAGUGAUAGAAUACUCCUGGCAUGAUGAGGCCUCUGGCCCACCCAUCAACCCAACAGUGAAGGGAAAAAAGUAGUUUUAAAUUUGCUAAAUGACAGGUGAGGGAUGAAUACAAAAUAGGUGCCCUACAGCAGUGUGGUCCAGUGAACCGCCUCCAUCUCCUGCUGGGUUUAUUAAAGAACUGUUUUUAUUGCCUGUCGGUACUUAUAUUAGCACAGCUCAUCAGAAAGCUCUCUUGUAUACUUUCCCUAUGAGGAUCAUUGAAAUGUGUUAGUUUAUAAUUAAGAUUUUUAAUAACUCACUUUGCUGAGUAUUCCUGGUGCAUGCCUUUUGUCCCAACAUUUGGGAAGCAGAGGCAGGCACAUCUCUGAGUUCAAGGCCAGCCUGGUCUACAAAGUAAGUCUAAGACAGCCAAGGCUACACAAAGAGAAACCCUGUCUCAAAAAAGACCCUCCUCCCCAAAAACUCAUUUUAAAGUUAGGAAAAAAUUAAUUAAAAAAAACACAUUAAUAUCCAAUGUCAGCAAGCUUUGAACCAAACCUAUAAUCCAAGUUUGAGUCUACUUGAAUUGGAGAUUAGUAACUACUUACUCUGCUUUUGUUUUUGAAUUCUUAAAAAAUUAAGAUCUCUAAAUAGCAUUAGUUUGCAACUUGUUUUCUGCCAUAGGAUAAAAAUAAAUUCACUUGAUAAAUAA